AUGUCAGUCGGAAAAGCGGACCUUGAGUCUACGAACCAGAAGUGCCAGCGGGAAAAAGAUGAACUCGACACUAAGUACCAGUCUGAAGCCCAAGGUCUGUUACUGAAAGUGAAUGAAUGGCCUAGAGAGGCGCGUGAACCCCCAAGCAAAGUUGUGAGUAAUCAACCGGAUCCUUCGAAAUUGGUCGGCCACUCUGAACUGACGUCGAAACACAAGACUAUGGUGCAGGCGCGAACUAUGCUUCUCCAACACUUUAACAUUGCAUUGAGUGGUGCGCAAGCAAGGGCAGUAGUUGUGUUCGUGUGGCCUGGCAUCCCGUGA